AUGGCGAAGACGUUGAGCGUCGCGUUGAUGGCAGCUGCCUUUUCCUGCGUCAUGUCAGCAGACCUGGACACUGCCCUGGCUGACGAUGCUGAGUGCGGACCGGGCGAGGAAUGCGCCCUCUCUGCCUUGCAGCGGAAGGCGGUGGUUGCACAGUGGUCGAGAUCUGGCUGGCAUAAGGGAAUCGACUGGAAGAGCCAAAACAAGCUGCCGCCAUGGAUGUCCUCCAUCACCGAAGGGGCAGACGAAGCCAUCGCCGUGGUCCUGGGCCAGUCCUUAAAACCAGAUGGAUCGGCGCCCCAAGUGCUGCUGGACCGGGCUGCAAAGGCCAAACAGCUGCUGGAACAAGGGACGGUCACAAAGAUCGUCGUGACGGGUGGUGACACCGCCGGCGUGGGCCACACGGAGGCCUCCCUGGCGGCGAAUGUGCUGGUGCAGGCCGGCAUCCCGCAGACGGCUAUUCUUCAAGAGGCACAGGCCACUACCACUGCAGAGAACGCUUGGUUUACGUUGCGGUGGAUCCCGAAGGGCACGGGCCGGGUCUUCAUCAUCACCUCAGACUUCCACAUGGCGCGUGCCACUUACAUCUUCCAAGAGGUCUUCAACCACUUCUACGGAAUGAUGGAGCAGACCUAUAAGGAUGAUCCACGGUGGACCGCUACGCCCAAGAGGUAUCCCCGUCUGGAGAUUGUGCAGGCACCCACUGCGAGCUUCUGCGGCUCCAACGCAAGCUCGAAUCACGACCAUGAGAGCUCCGCCGACAUCAACUCAUUUUCGCUGGCGAAGCGCGCGCGGGACGAGCUGAAGUUCCUGGGCUCGGGAGAAGUGACGAAGGCGUUGUACGGGCAGCCGCUGGUCAACAUCCUGUACAUCUGGCCGAUUCAGAUCAACGCGACCAAGGACCCCGACGGCGGCGCCAACCUGAAAGCCGCCAUGGCCCAGGCGAUGAACACCGCCGAAGCCCUGUGCGAGUGCGUCUCCCCGCCAGGUGAAGGUGGACCGGAGCUUCCAUAUCCUUUGCAGCUGCCGGCACCGCAAGAGCGCCAGGGGUCGUCGGACUGGCACAAUGUCUGCCCUGACAACUCCUACGUGGCGUAG